CGGCGGCCGCCGCAGAGCCGCUCACCUGCCCCCACCGAGCGGCGGCAGCGCCCGCCCGGCCCCGCCAUGGCCCGCCGGGCCGCCGCCGUGCUGCUGCUGCUCGCCCUCGGCUGCCUCCUGGGCAUCCUCCUGCUCUGCCUCGGCUCCGGGGACACGCGCGGCCCGCCGAGCUUCAAGUACGGCAUCGUGCUGGACGCCGGGUCCUCCCACACGGCCGUGUUCAUCUACAAGUGGCCCGCGGACAAGGAGAACGACACUGGGGUGGUCAGCGAGCACAGCAUGUGCGAUGUGGAGGGUCCUGGCAUCUCCAGCUACAGCUCCAAACCUCCGGCUGCUGGGAAAAGCUUAGAGCACUGCCUGAGGCAGGCUAUGAGAGACGUGCCCAAGGAGAAGCACGCGGGCACUCCGCUCUACCUGGGUGCCACGGCCGGCAUGCGCCUGCUCAGAAUUGCAGACCCAAAGUCCUCAGAUGCCGUCCUCAGUGAAGUGAUGGCCACACUGAAGUCGUACCCCUUUGAUUUCCGGGGAGCAAAGAUCCUGUCAGGGGAAGAGGAAGGGGUGUUUGGCUGGGUCACGGCAAACUACCUCCUGGAGAACUUCAUCAAGCGUGGUUGGCUUGGGGAGUGGAUCCAAUCCAAGAAAAGGACCAUGGGGGCCAUGGACUUCGGAGGCGCUUCCACACAGAUCACCUUUGAAACCAGUGAUGCCAUUGAAGAUCCCAGAAAUGAGGUGAUGCUGAAGCUGUAUGGCCAGCCAUACAAGGUGUACACCCACAGCUUCCUCUGCUAUGGAAGGGAUCAGGUCCUCAAGAGGCUGCUCUCAAAGGUCCUCCAGGCUGAGAACUACCAAGAAACUGUCGCCAAUCCUUGCUGGCCCACGGGCUACCGCAAGAGUCUGUCACUGAGCAGCAUCUAUGACAGCCCCUGCACGGAGAAGGAGCGGCCCGGCCUCCCCCUCAACACCACCGUCGUCGUGUCCGGCACCGGGAAUGGGAACCUCUGUGCUGUGCACGUCAGCAAGCUCUUUGACUUCACCAACUGCUCCUUCUCCCGCUGCUCCUUCGAUGGCGUUUUCCAGCCUGAGGUUUCGGGAAACUUCAUCGCCUUCUCUGCCUUCUUCUACACGGUGGACUUCAUCCAGACAGUGAUGGAGAGACCCGUGCACUUGCCCAGUGACCUGAAGGACGCUGCUGAGACCAUCUGUGCCAGCAGCUGGAAUGAGCUGUACCAGAAAGCUCCCAGGCUGGAGAAGAGGCUGCCUGACUACUGUGCUACCAGCAUGUUUGUUUAUCUGCUCAUCACAAAGGGCUACAACUUCAACAACCGUUCCUUCCCCAGUAUUGCCUUCCAGAAAAAGGCAGGAGAAACCUCCAUCGGUUGGGCCCUCGGCUACAUGCUGAACCUCACCAACAUGAUCCCGGCAGAGGAGCCUGCUUCCCACAGGAGCAUGCUGUACAACUACUGGGUCAUCCUCAUCCUGCUCUUUGUGAUCACCACCCUGACAGCUCUGCUGACUGCUGUCUACCUGCUCCGGCGCAGCAAGUCCAGCACAAUCUAACCCUGGGACAGGACAGCCUUCUCUGCAGCACCCAACACCAUCCUUCCUGCUGGAGUCUCCGUGGCCUGAGUACUUGGGAUUCAGCAAGUGCUUGGAGACACUCUCCCUCACACCUGAUGCUGUAUAGCCCAGAAGGAAAGCUGCCCCUUUUUGCCCUCCCUUUGCUUUCAAGCUGCAGAAAGAGGGGGAUAAAAGAGGAGGAGAAUGUCUUAAGGGAUUCCCAGUGCUACUCAGGGACAGAUGCUGGAGCAGGCUUGAGGUGUGGACAUUCAUACCUGGGGUAUCUGUCUGCCUCUUGACCCGGGCUGGUCUGGGCCAGUGAGCCCAGACAACUGUAUUCUCACGUACAUGGGGAGGGUGGGGAAUGUUACUCUAGUCCUUAUAGCCGACUCACUACCUGCCCCUGGAGAACCAGCCCAGCCAUUCCAGGGAGCUCUGGGCAUCACCCAGAACUUAACUGUCUUUCUGGUGGAUGCACAAACCCCACUGAACUUCCUGAGGGCCAAAUCCUGGCCUGGACUUCCACCUGUCUCUGCUCAGGGCCAUCAGGUAGAGGCUUAGCAACAAGCAGAGCAGGCAGCGUCUUGUGCCCCCCAGCAAUCAGAUGCAGUGCCUUCCUCAUUCCUGCAGUCCCUGUGCCAGUGUCAGCUCUGCCACAAGUGCUGCCUUGGGCUCCCAGCUGCUGCCACAGGGGUACAAACUUGCUGCAGGAGCAAAGCUUUGUGCAGCUUGAGGGUUUGAGUCCUGCAUCACCCCAAGGCAGACAUCUGGGAGGAUGUGCCUUUAUUUCUGAAUGAGUGGGGGAAAAACAAACAACAGGGACAUGGGAAUGUGCAGGAAGGCUUGUGGGCUUUGUUUUCUUUUGUUUUGUUGGUUCUUUUUUAUAAUCAGAAAUAAACCUUUGUAACCACUCCUGUGGCUUUGUUGGUAUGACAGCAACGGGCUGACAAGGGCUGCCUGUGCUGCAGGUGCAGGGGCACAGGUGGGCUCCCCUGGGACACAGCUGCAUGCCCAGCUUUACCCAAAGGGCUCGCUCCCUUCAAGCCUGCCCAGUGCUCAGACACAGCCAUGGCUUU